AUGCUACCGGCUCUGGCUGCGUCUCCACCAAGCAGUGAAGCAGUCAGAGCCGUGUACAAACUUUUAACAUGUGGCACAUUUAUGCCUGUUUACUAUGGGAAAACACAGCAAACAUCUUUGAUAUAUAAGGUGUUCAUCUUUGACCACUUAGUUUUUGGCCAAGUUGCAAAUAUAGAAUGGCAUCCUUUCAAAAUUGAGGAAGGGCAUGCAUGGAUAGCUGGAGAUGAGCUACUUGCCCUUGCAACUACAUGCGUGCGGCUUUCUAAGAGGCAAGCAGAAGAUUACAUAGUAUUAGGAAACACAAUAGGGAAUACUCAACACAAAGUUAUGUCUCUAUGGGGGUUCUGGUGGCGUCAGCAGCUUGAAAUAACUGUCACAGAUGAGACUGAAACAAAAGGCAUGCACCAAAUUGGUCUUUGUCACCAAAUUGUCACCUUCACCGGUCAAGGGAUUAGUGAUGGUGUGAGACAUGGUGCAGUUGCAGUGAUGAAAGGAGGCCCCCAAAAGAAAAACUGGGAUGGGAUGGUGGCAAUUGCUCAUUCAUCAUGUGCCCAUUUCUCAUGA